AUGAGCGCACUUGAUUUUGCUUCCAUCCUCGAUUUUCUGGAAACGGCCAACUUGACAGAGAUCAACUGGACGUGCAACAACAGUGAUUGCAUCACGGUUGAUGCGACAACAUGCCCCGGUAUGCUCAACAAAAGUGCCCUGCUGUACACCCUGUCCUUCUUCUACAUUUUCAUCUUUGUCAUAGGGCUGGUGGCCAACUCAGUUGUGGUAUGGGUCAACCUCCAAGCCAAAAUGACCGGCUAUGAAACCCACCUCUACAUCUUUAAUUUGGCUAUUGCCGAUCUGUGCGUCGUCAUCACCCUUCCGGUCAGCAUCUUCUUCCUGGCAUGCAUGAGUGUGGACCGCUACCUCUCAGUUGCCUAUUUCACCAAUUCCAGCAAUCGCAAGAAGAAGAUAAUCCGCCGCUGCAUCUGCAUCUUAGUAUGGCUCCUUGCCUUCUCUGCGUCUCUCCCAGACACCUAUUAUCUCAAGACUGUCUCUUCCAACAAUGAAACCUAUUGCCGUCCUGUCUACCCAGAGGAGAGCUUCAAAGAGUGGUUGAUUGGCAUGGAGCUCAUCUCUGUUGUGCUGGGUUUUCUUAUCCCUUUUCCCAUUAUUGCUCUCUUCUAUUUCCUCCUUGCGAAGACCAUCUCCGCCUCCAGUGAUCAAGAGAGGAAGAGCAAUGGGAAGAUAAUUUUCUCCUACGUUGUUGUAUUUCUCGUCUGCUGGCUACCCUACCACGUAGCUGUCCUGCUUGACAUCUUCUAUAGCCUCCAUUUCAUACCUUUCAGUUGUCAGAUGGAGAACUUCUUGUAUGCCACUCUUCACAUCACUCAGUGUUUCUCUCUAGUCCAUUGCUGCGUCAACCCCAUCCUGUACAGCUUCAUUAACCGCAACUACAGAUAUGAGCUCAUGAAAGCCUUUAUUUUCAAGUACUCUGCCAAAACUGGUCUCACUAAACUUAUUGAUGCUUCCAGAGUGUCGGAAGCAGAGUACUCUGCUCUGGAGCAAAAUGCCAAAUGA